GCAACACAAGAUUUCUGGGAUACAAGGAGUUUUCAAAUCUUACUGUCAGGACUGGAGCCACAAAAAGUUCUAUUUGGCCAGUGUUUUUGCCUAAAGACAUGCUGUGGAUGCCGCUAUUCCUUCUCUAACUGGAACUGAGAUUAACAGAAGUCAGGAAAUCUUCUGGAACAGGGUUAUGAUUCGUUUGUACAGACUGACACAACACAACAAGAGAGUACUUGAAGGCCAUGAGGUUGUGAGGAGAAAGAAAAUUAGGGCUGGGUCAGUUAUUUCCAAAAGCCAAAUACCAUGAACAAAUGACAAAUUUGAAAAAAAACAUCGGCCACAGACAGCUUUACAAACACCACAUCCAUCUAUGGAGACAAGUCCGAUCACAAGUGCAAGACGUGCUGUGUCUGACCUCCUAGAGGAUGCUGGGAACUGUAGGCAGAGCGUCAACCAGGAGCUUCAUCUCCUCAGUGACUCCCUCUUCAGUGAGCAGCACAAGCUGAGCCAUGCGUUGGACUGGGCUGAAAGAUUCCUCCACAACGGAUCAGAGGUUUACAAUGAGUUCUGCAGAGCUGACAGUUUGAUCCUGGCUGAUGUAAAACAGGGAGAAACGGACAGAAGGUCUCCUGCAUAUAAACAUUUAUCUGCAGCUAAAUACCAUCACGCAGUUUCCUGUGCUGUAGGUAAUGAUGAGGUGCAUGGAGGAGGGGAUUUGGAGAAGUUUUGGCAACCAGGAUCAUCAAACUCUAAAAACAAUGAACAAAAUAAUUACCUCUGUAGAUAUAAACCCUCCUUUCCAUGUGAUCUCGACAUUCCUUUCACCUUUUCCCCGAGGAAAAAUGAGGAAACUUGGCCUGAGAACAGAGAAGAUAUGAAAAGUAUAGAGCCAGAACAUACCACUCAUCAACAAACUGUUUGCCAAGAUUACUGCAAAACAAGUAGACUACAUGUUUCUAAUCAAAGGCAGCACAUAGACGUAUCUGACAGCAACACAAAUCCUGCAGCACACUUCAUCAAAGAGUCCUCAUCAUCCAGGAGCAAUGCCAGUCAUAAAAAGAGCACAGCGUUUGGUGCUGUGACUACCUUCAAACCAAAAAGCAACAGUUUUACCUACAUGAUUUACAAAACAUCUGGAGCUCAGAUGGAAAGAGAAAUGACAGAAAAUCAAAAAGGAUUUAGGAAAGAGGUUGAGGAAAUGGAACAAGAUGAGAAGGAGAAAGCAGGAGAUGACACGAUGGAGGAAAUUUAUGGAAGGAUGCACAAACUACAAGGAUCGAGCUCAGAUUUUGACAUGUAUUCACAUCAUAAAAUGAGCCACAGUGCUCCAAAGAAGAUACCUGGAGAGAUAACAAAAGCUGCAAUGGCCAGAUCCACCUGCCAGUUCAAGCUACCAUCACAUUUGACUGUAUAUGAGGAGUACCAACUAUGUGUGGAUCAGCUGCAUCACCUCAGAAUGAGACAAAGCCAACAUAUUGAAUCAGGAUGCUUCACACAGCCGCCUGAGAAAGGCAGGAAGACAUCUGAAGAAAUUGUAGGAUCUGAUAAAGCAGCAGCCCGACCUGCAUCUCACUUUGAAGUGAACUCUCACAUCACAAACUUAGAGAUUAAAAAACAUCUUCAUAACACAGGAGGCAAAAGUGCAGAAAACCCAGAGGAGAGGAGUUCAUGUGUCACCAGUAAAAACCAGGACAGAUCUCAAUACAAAAGCAACAGGGCAACACUUACCAAACACAGAGAUCUUAAAUCCUGUGACAAUUUGACUGUCGGAGAAAAAUCUGCAGGCAUCAGAACUAAAAGCAGGAGUUUGUGUCAGAAGAAUAUUCUCACUAACAAUGCACAUUUGGACCCUAAAGGCAAAAGUCAGCCUGAUUUAAUGAAUAAAGCUGCAGAAUUCUUUAUCAAAACUGAGGUCAUGAACACACCGACGGAGCCCUUGAGGACCAAACCUGAUGCUGUUUCCUCAGUGGAAGAAAAUGCUGCUCAUCCUGCUAAACCAGGUCUGUUGCAAAACAAAACUAGACAUCAUCCAAGCAGGAAGCAUCAUCUGAGGACUGUCAAAGGUCCCCAGAAGAGAAACGAAGCUCAAGGUCUGUGGAAGCACCGCAGAAAUUCAAGCAUAUCCAUCUCUGGAGGAAAAUUGGAAAGCAGUCAAGGAGCAACUAAAUGCACAAAGACACUGAACUCCGCAAAACACACAAAGAGUCCAAAUGGCAGAGGAAAACACAUGGACGCACACAAAAUUCUGCAACCUACAGAGAUACACACGCUUCAUCAUCAUGAUGACCUGUUACCAAGAUCACCAACUGUGGGCGUAACAGUGCAUGCCAGCUUGAACGACAGAUGUCAGUACAGUCCAGCAGGUGUCCCUGUAAGCGACUGCUGGCUGUGUUUACCUGAUGAAGUGUGGUUGUCCAUCCUGUGUCUGCUGCCUCAGAGGGAUUUGUGCAGACUGAUGCAGGUUUGCCGCCGCCUGCACACGUUGGCUUCUGAUCACAUGCUUUGGAAAGAUCUCAGGAUUGAAAACUCGUCUUUAACCGACCACUGGUUGCUGAAUGUGGGCAGACGUCGUCCCCGCAGUCUGUGUCUGUACAGCUGCAGUGCUCUGUCCGUCUCCACCCGUGGGCUGGACAGGUUUUUCUCUCUGUGUAGGAAUUCUCUGGAGGAACUUAAGGUCACAAGUUGUGUUGGUCCUGGUCUCCAUGGUGACCAGAUGCUGUCUCUGAUUGGUCAGCUGUGUGUUCAUGUGACCAGUGUGGAUGUAAGCUGGAGUGGAGCGACAGACAGAGGAGUGAAAGCUCUGAGUGUCUGUGGAACAGGGUUGAGGCUGAGCUCUGUUGUCCUGAAUGGCUGCCAUGUCACUGAUGUCCCACUAAAAAAACUUGUCAUGAGACACAAAGAGAGCCUGUGCAGGUUGGAGGUGUUUGGCUGUCAGUUCCUCACUCCAGCUUGUCUACAAGCAAUAUAUGAGAUGUGCCCUGGCCUUCAGCAUCUAAACAUCGGACGGGUGCCAAAAGUCAGUGUACACAGUCUCACAGUGAUGGCAUCACAACUCAAAUGUCUAAUUUCACUGAAUCUCACCGGACUGCAGGUGGUCAAUGACACCACAGUGGACACUUUACUCCAGAAGUGUGUCAAACUUCAGAAUCUAACCUUCAGUUCCUGUCCUGAAGUUACUGACCUGACGCUGCACAACAUCAGCAAAUAUGUACCUUCUAUCAGAUCCCUCAAUGUGAGUGGCUGUCCAGCAGUAACAGAUGCAGGUGUUCAGUUCUUGGCUCUGGGCUGCAGGAGACUUCAACAGCUGGAUCUCAGCUCCACUGGAACAGGAAACAGAGGGGUUUCUCUGUUGUCAAGUUACUGCAGUGGACACCUUCAUAUUGUCAAACUCAGUUUCUGCCACAUCACCUCAGAGAAAAUACUGAAGCUUUGCAGACACUGCCAGAGAUUGAAGCUGCUGCAUCUCUACGGCUGUGCCAGUGUCCCCACUGAAGGAGAGAUCAGAGAAGUUAACAGUACUGUUAGAGUUUAUCCUCUGUCCUGACUCAGGCACUAAUGUACAUACACAACUGAAACGAUAAACACAACAUAUCAAAGAGCCUAAUGUAACAGAUAAUGGAAGCAAAUCAAAAUGUAAAAGCAUUUUAUAUUUAUUUCUACUGUGAGAUUACAGUAAUGGACUGAAUGAGAUUUUCUGCGGUCUGGAAGGAUGAUUUCUUACAGAUUGUUAUUAGAAAAGCCUUUAAAUUAGUCUGUAUGUGCCUGACUGUGUGUGUUUAGAUAUGGAUUUCAGAUGUGCUAUAAUUUCAUAUCCUGAGGUUUAAGGCAUUGAAUAUUUUUUUUUCUCAGUAUAAUGGAUCUAUGUUGGAGGCUUUGAAAGGGAUUUUUGUUUUUAUAGUUUACAUGGAGUUCACUAACUUUUUAUCUUUGCUUUGGGUUGUAAACAGCCUAUAAGUUAUAAUAAAACUGCAAACUCUUUUAUCAGAUCAAGCAGAAAAGAUGCACUUACAGGUAAACUAUGCUGGUUUGUUGAGCGAGUUAGAGGCACCUCGCUGCUACAUUCAAGAUACACGCAAGCACCACUUACAAUGUCCUCCUAUACGUGCUUCACUGAAAAUUUGAUGGGAAUAAUGACUGUUUUGUUGACAUUCAAAGACAUUUGUAAAAUGCAUAUGCAGUAAAUGGCAAACUGUCAAACAAGAGCAAAUUAGGAAACAUGUCAGUUGUGUUUUAAUGGUAUUAUAGUUUUGUUUUUCUUUCAUUGUUUUGAGGUAUAACAUAAAGUUGUUUUAUCUACUUGAUCCAUCUGCAGGAUUGUGGCCACACAGUUAUUUUCCUGUUUUUGGUUUGUUUGGAAGGAGUCUUCAACUUUGAUACCAGCCACUGUUAUAACUGCAUUUAUCAUGCCAUCUGUGAUCGACAAAUAGCAAAAUCUUUUCACUCAGUUCUACCUUUAACUGGAGGCCUUUGCAAAUGAGCCACAAUUGGGUGAUGUGCUGUUUUUUUCUUUGUAACAUUUAAAAGCAGGACAGCUGGAUUCUAUACUGACAGUAGUUGAAUGUGGUUGAACUGUGUCAACCCCAUAUACAGGAGGCUACAGUAGUCUGGGCGCAGGCUUAGAGAUGCAUAGAUCACUGUUUCUAGGUUCUUGUGAGAUAAAAUCAGUUUCAGUUUGGUGAUGGUUCUGAGCUGACAAAAGCUGCCCCUCACAAUGCUGCUGCUACAAAUUUGUUAAAACUGAAAGAUGAGUCCAGGAAGAUGUCAACUUUUUUGACAACAUUUUUCACAUUUUCAGACAAAGAGGCCAAAAGAGCGGGGGGAAAAAAGUUUGUCGUUAAACAAGUGUGUUCAGGUGUAAUUGGAGGGUAAAACUGUGUGUCGUCAGCAUAACAGUGAUAAAAACAGUGAUAUCCUAUGUUAUAGGUUUUAAACAUGUAGCCCAGGGGCAACAUGUGCAGAAAAAAGAGUGGCCCUGAGAUUGAACCCUGAGGGAUGCUAGGAGAAGGUGAACAGUUGGAUAUUCUGACUGACAUUGUACUGUCUUUCAGAUAGGAGGUAAGUCAUUUUAACACAGUAUUUUGAGACCACUUUCACAUAACAGGCGAUUUAAUAGAUAACUAUUAACAGUAUCAAAUGCUGCACUGAGAUCAAGUAGAACUAAAUGGCAUGAGAACUUGAAUCAA